AUGCGGUGCCUGCAGGCCGUGUGGCCCAGCACGCCGAUCGGCCACCGGCUCACCGCGUUGGAGGCGGUGGGCGAGGCGGCGGCGUGGACCGGCGCGGCGGACGGCGCCAUAAUCAAGUGGAGUGUGGAGGAGGCGGGUGGCAGGGCUUCCGGGGCUGUGCUCAUGUGCGGCCACCGCGCGGGCGUCCGGACGUUGCAGCACUGCUCAGAUGGUUUGGAAGAUGUGGACGUUGUCCUGAGUGUGGAUAACGAUGGCGUCUGUUGUGUUUGGGACUGCAUGACGUGCGUCUGCUUGGUCCAGCGUUCUGUUCCCGAGUUUGCUGGAGGUGCUGUGCGGCACGUGCAUCCCAUGGGGGAUGGCAAAGUCCUUGUUGCAUUGGAUACCUCAAAGCAGGUGGUGGAUGGCAUUCUGUCUCCCCAUAGAGGCCACACAUUGGCCGUGCUGACUUUGGUGUCCCUUGAGGUCGUCGAUUCCUGGAAGCCUAGCUUGAGGGUGCCACUGUUCAAGGGCUCGUUGCCGGCUGAUUCGGGGUUCCGGAAAGGCAGCAGGCACAUUCUGGCUUUGAAGGGCUACACUGCUGAUGGUUGCUCCUUUGAUGGAAUCAACCCAGUGUGCAACGUUGUGGGUAUAUCCUCUGAUUUGGAAGUCCUGCUUUUCACACCCAAGGAUAAGGAAGGCAUCACGCAGGCGAAAUUGCCUUGCGCAUGCGAUGCAGAUACCCCAAACAGCAUCUUGGGUGGCGUUUUGUCUGCCACCUAUUCAAAAGAUGGCAACCACCUGUUGCUUGUGUCCGUCAGCGGCUGGGCUCUGCUCACAAUGACGACCUGGCCACACAACUCGUCACGAGUGUUAUUUGUUCUGUCUGGGGCAGAAACAGUCAACGCACUUGGUGUCCCAUUGUCUCCGGCCGCACGGCCAAGAUUGAGAUCCACAAAACACGUAUCGUUCAUUGAACCCUCCGAUGAGAGGUCAACACUUGCCCCCAUCAUGCCAAAUGAUCAGCUUUCAAACCGCCCAACCAAGCAGCGCCCUGCCUGCCCCAUUGUCCCCACCCUGCCCUUGCCUUUGGGACCACUGUGUGGUGGCAUGGCUGUGGGAGAGCCUGAAACCCGCUUGGGUGGUGACAACUACCCCUGCUCUACCGGCCAUGUUGAAGAGGACACCAACAACCAUCUGCUGCAGCAGCCCAAGGUUCUCCUGUGGGACCAGGAUGGAGCGGCGGCUGUGUUGGCUGCAGAUGACCUGGGCGGCUGGCACUAUACCAGGCAGGUUCCUGCCAGCGUCUGCCCCUCGGGUGCCAGUACUUGCCACCAAACGCCCCAAUUCUCAUCUGGGUGCCACAGCAGCUUUGUGCGUGCUGUGAGCUGCUGUGAGCGUGACUCCUGCAUUCAGGACGUUCAAAGUGAUAGCCCAGAAGACACAGCAGAAGAGUGUGUGUACGAUGUGGAUAUGCGAAUGUUUUCAAUGGCAUCGUGCAGUCAGAGCCAGGAGGAGCAAAUGACACCACUGUUGCCUGUGGCGGGGUCAAGGCUCUCUGACCUGUGGGCCAGAUUGGAUUCUACACACCAGCCAUCAACAAGGCAGGAUGAUUGCGAAUCUGCUGACCAUGGAGGGCAACUUGUGGGAACUGAAGGGGGACAGACUCACAACACUGCAGCCCAAUCUGGGACGCCCCCUGUUCAUGCACUGUCCGCUUUGGCUGGAGCGUGCGCAUCAGCAAGAGGACAGCGGAAAUCCGUGACAUGUAUGGCCCUGGUUGGGGGCAUAUGUGGACUUCCAUACUUGCUUGUCCAGGGUCUCUCCGGUGGCGAAGUCUCAUUUUGCUCCCUGGCAGCCUAUGGCAUCCCGAAGCCACUUUGUCAUGCUGGAUCUGUUGGACUGCCAAGGCUGGGAAUGCCCGUUUUGGCGACGGCUGCUGGCCACUUUGGACCGGUGACUUGUCUAUUCGAGGUGGUGUACUUUGGCCCCCACAAUGCAGCAGACAUGACGUUGGAGAAUGGGAUUGUCGAGGGCAAGGGGGGUUUGCCUCUGUUGGUGUCUGGUGGGGCGGACGGAUCCGUGAGGUUCUGGAGCUUGGACAAGACCUCCCUUGGGAGCAAGGUGUUUGCAGUGCAUGCGCACUCAGGGGCUGUCAGACAGGUUGUCGGGGCAGCUGCAGGGGCGAAUGCCCCUUGGUGUCAGUGUUUGGCCACCGUGGGGGACGAUGGCACUGUUGCUCUGAUUUCUCUGCUGACAAGACAAGUGGUGCGUUUGCUGUCGGGCCAUCCGUUCCAGCUGCCAAACCAACUUAUGUGGGAUGGUAUCAGAGGCUUCAUUGCAUGCCUGGGGACAAAUUCCGAGGGCCAACAAGUCCUGGUCAUUUGGGACCUGUACUCCGGCCAGCGCGAUCGGGUGUUUGUCGGGUCUCAGGCCAAGAAAAUGUUGGAGUGCUUUGCGGCAAAUGUGGAGGACAUGGCCAUGACCCGGCAAGAACACGACUGGCUGCAAUUCCAGGAGGGUGGUUGUGCACGCGUGGCUCUCGCUGAGCAUGCCCCACAGGACCAGCUCAUCAAACUGUUGCCUGGGCCAAAGCGCGAUAUCGGGAUCCUGGACAUUGACGUGACAGGCAUCCUGGAGUCUCCCAGUGGUGUGUCCCCAGCAGCAUGGGCCUCUGGCACUGUGGAGAGCUGGCGGAGGACGGUGACUGUGGAGCUGCUGGCAACAGCCCUGCUGUGCAUGCACGCUUGGGGUGUAGACCGGCAUGUGGAUGACAGCUUGUGUGCCUUGCUGGGGGAGAUGGGGCUCAACCAAGAGGGCUUGAAAAAUGGGGAUCUGUCCACUGACCCCCUUGCAACCAUCUUGGGCAUGAGCCUGACCCAAGGGGUGAUGGUUUCGGACACUGGUGCAAUGACGAUCCAGAUGCCACCCACCCUUGCCUGUGCUGUGAGGCGAACUAAAGAAACGGCUGUCAACAGGGGCCAGGACUUGAGUGCUGCCGGCAUUCCUGUCAGAGCCGCUGACCUUGGCCAUCUUUGGUGCAAUGCUGCCGAGUUUGUGGGGCUUCAGCUCCUGUAUGCCGUCGCCCUAGCAAAGAAGCUCAUGCACGAGGGCCUGAAUCAAGUGGUGGCCACGGCCUGCAGUGCCAUCGUCAAGCUGUACGCCAUCCAGUUUCUUGACCUGGCGCCAGCCGCAUCUGUGCCAUCUCUGGGCGUGCUUGUGGGCCUGUGGGACACCAAGAACGAGAUCCUCAAGGACACUGCGCGAGUGCUGCUGGCCUCCACGACGGACCCAAACAGGCUGAUGAACAGCGGUGAGGAUGGGGCACCCGCUCAGCUGACGGGCAGGGCGGAGGUGGACAGGGUCAUGACACUGUGGGAGAGCUGCAAGAGCAGCGGAGAGUGGAAGGAUGCACUUGCGUAUGCACAAGAGGUUGUCAUUUGUGGCGCACUCUGCUGCGUGCAUUCCCGGCUUGUACCAUGGCCAAUCCUGCAGGCCACGGCGCCCCUGCUUGCCGUCCUGGUCUGCGAACCAGGGCACCACUAUGCACUGAUGGCAGCCAGCAUGCUGGCAGAUGCGCUGACAGGCAUCGAAGGCCCCAAGUGGAUGAAUGCUCUCGGGUAUACCCUGCCAUUGAUUCAGAGUCUUCUUGAUGUGUGCGACGAGAGCCACAAGAAACCCAAGCCCUCAUCCCAUCGCUUGGAGAAGCUUGGCCAGAGUGAGAGGCCAAGGAGUGUGCGAGGCGAUCAGCCUCAGGAAGUCGGUCGCAUGCGGCGUGCCAAGUCCGAAUCUCAACUGGCCCCCGAUGAGGAAGGGGCGGCAACGCCACAUCCUACAACGCCAACACCACAACUGUCCUCCAUGCCGGCGACCACAGUCCCACCGUCCCCUUUCGUCACUUUACAGGAGUUCCACAGUGAAACUGGGAGAACGAAUGAGACAAUCCCUGAUGACGAUGCUUCCAGUUCACACUCCUCCAAGAUAGAAUGGGCUUCGAAGCCUUCCCACUCUUUGAAAAUUACUGCCAAGCAAAUCGACGGUUCAGCUCGGAGCCAACCAAGGAGCCCAGUCUCAAGGAGCCCCCGCUCAAGGAGCCCGCGCUCAAGGAGCCCGCUCUCAAGGAGUCCCUUUUCGGGAGAAACUCCCAAUCGCAAGUUGAGGUUGCAUUUCCAGAAGGCUUCUCUGUCGCCGUUCGAUUUCGAUGGGCUGGCAAUGGAGCCCUGGUCUCCCGAAGAACUGCUGUAUGACGUUCCAGUUGAGGAAGGCCUGCUGCCCGCAUACAAGGAGGCUGUGGCAAGUGUCAUAACGGCUUUGGCAGACUUGGACCUCCCCCUCUUCCUCCAUUGCUUGGGGAACAGGCUUGUUAUUGACAGCAUGGCUGGGCCACAGUCACUGCUGACUGCCACGGGGGCAAUAUCUUCUGUGCUGCGACAUCGGGGCGGUCCAAAGAAGGCAGCGCCGCACCUGCAGUUGCUAACGUCCGUGUUGAUGAAAGCGUUGGAGCCCGGGCAGCACAGUCUGAGGAAGUCUUGCUACCGGGGAGUCACCAGCCUCCUGGCCGAGCUGUGCAGCCUGUUCCCCAUGCUGGCCACCAACCGUGCGGCAAACAGGCUGGCCCUAGGCAACGUUGUCUCCACGCCCCUGACGCCCUCGCGCGGCAAGCACAAGUCCGACGCCACCAGGGGCCUUGAGGCCAUCGCGAUCUACGACCUCAACACGGGCCACAAGAAGAAAUGCCUCUCCAUGGGAACCGCGCUGCAGCAGGCCGCCCAGCACCUGAAGGCCGCCGCUUCUGGGGAAGAAGUCACCGAAGAUGGCACCCCCGGGCUGGGCAUCGCGGCGGUGUGCUUCAGGCAGGAUGGCGACGUGUGUGCAGCGUAUUGUCCCGAAGCCACGAUGCUGUGCGUGUGGGACUUGCGGGUCUCGUGGGGAAAGAAGCUGUCCAGGGGACCCACGGUGAUCGACCCGGUGAAGGUGGUGCAGCUGCCACCUGAGGUGGACGUCCCCCGCCCCGGCCCUGGAGCGCAGACGGACUUGGCGUACAGGCUCUCCUGGCAGGACGCCAAUCAGGUGGCGCUGCACCAUGGGGGCAGGCUGCUGGGAGUGAUCGAGUUGCACUUGGGGUCUUGA